UCAAGUAGCGUUCGUCCAUCCAUCCUUGUUAUUUUGAUUUAUCUCUCUCGUGAUAAUCAGGUUGGGUUCGGCGGAGUACUUUUUAGCUUCCCUGUGCGAAUUUGGAAGCUGAGGACUGGAAAGCUCGUACAGCAGCAGAGAUGGUUUAUCUUCCUCUGUCUGCGUGGUCGCUGCUACUGGUGCUCUUCUGCAGCGCAAAAGCGAUAUACACUCUCUGGUGGAAGCCCAAGUCAUUGGAGAGGCAGCUGAGACAUCAAGGCAUCAAGGGCAACCCUUAUAGGGUCCUUUAUGGAGACAUGGCGGAUGAUAAAAAGGCAAGGGCCAUGGCCUUGUCCAAGCCAAUCGAUUUAACGCACAGGAUCGUGCAUCGAGCUUCUCCUUUCCUUCACCAACUGCUUCAGAAAUAUGGGAAAAGGUCAAUGGUUUGGGUGGGAACGACGCCAAGGGUGAUUAUUUACGACUCAGAGAUGAUGGCUGAAGUGCUGAUUGACAGGACGCACCAAUUUCAGAAGCCUACUUUUAACCCACUCGUGAAGCUUCUGGCCAUGGGGGUCUCCACCCUGGAGGGAGAGGAGUGGGCCAACCGGAGGAAGAUCAUCAACCCAGCUUUCCACAUCGAGAAACUAAAGUCCAUGGUGCCUGCCUUCCAGAAGAGUUGCAUCGACAUGGUGGAGAGGUGGCAGAACAUGAUCAGCGAUCGAGGAUCUUGUGAAGUAGAUGUUUGGGAUGAGCUUCAGAAUCUUACUGGGGACGUCAUUUCGCGCACUGCAUUCGGAAGCAACUACAAGGAAGGCAAGAAAAUCUUCGAACUGCAGAAGGAGCAAGUUCUUCUAGUCAUGGAAGCCGCACGGAUUCCUUACAUUCCAGGCUUCAGAUUCGUACCUACUUCAAGUAACAAGAGGAGAAUGCUCAUCGACAAGGAGAUCAGGAGCCUGUUAAAGGACAUGAUCAACAAAAAGACAGAUGCCAUUUCCAAGGGAGAAGCUACUGGUGACGAUUUGCUUGGCUUGCUAGUCCAAUACAGCAACGAUAAGGCUCGCGGUGAUCACAGCAUAACAAUCGACGACGUGAUUGAGGAGUGCAAGCUCUUUUACUUUGCUGGCCAAGAGACAACCUCGGUCUUGUUGACAUGGACACUGAUCCUUCUAUCCAUCCACCCAGAGUGGCAACAGAGAGCCCGAGAGGAAGUUCUCAGUGUCUGUGGCAAAGAGUUGCCUGAUUUCGAAUCGAUAAGCCACUUAAAGCUUGUCACUAUGAUACUGUAUGAGGUUCUGAGGUUGUAUCCACCUGUGAUUGCCUUAGUUAGACGAACAAUCAAGACUGCGAAGAUAGGAGAUCACUUAUCAUUGCCUGCUGGAGUUGAAGUUUUUCUACCAAUAAUAUUCAUUCAUCAUGAUAGAGAAAUAUGGGGGGAGGAUGUUGAGGAAUUCAAGCCUGAGAGGUUCUCAGAAGGCGUUGCCAAGGCAUCGAAAGUUUCGAAUGCUUUCUUUCCUUUUGGAUGGGGUCCCAGGAUCUGCUUGGGCCAGAACUUUGCGAUGAUAGAAGCGAAGAUCGCUUUGGCUAGAAUUCUUCAGCAAUUCUGUGUUGAACUAUCACCUUCUUAUGCUCAUGCUCCUCGUACUAUAAUAACUCUGCAGCCACAGUUUGGAGCUCAACUCAUCCUGCAUCAACUCUGAGUAACAAUUAUGUUCUGAAUCUUCUCUUGAAUCUAUUUAAAAUAAAGUUUUAAAUAAAAGUUAUUGUUAUAAAUCAACGAUCUUCUCUUGAAUCUAUUUGAAUAAAGUUUUCUAGCAAAAUAGUACCUUUAUUUGGUGCUUUCUUUGUCAAUUAUAGAGCAA